AACACUCAUAUCUGUAUAAAAAUCCGUGGGAAAGGUUGGAUAUUCUUCCAAUUUGUAAUGAAACCCUAACUAUUUUCCUCUGUAUAUAAAAAAGGGGCAAAAAAGAAAUUGGUUCCUCCACGGUACUCGAACAUUCCAAAACACUUCUGGUUUCGACCAACUUGAACCCUCCUGCCAUAGAUCAGAAAAUCAAUUUUCUGAUCAUUCUCUUCUUCUCGCCCUUUCUAUUUUUUUCUUAUCUUCUCAGGUUUUUCAUAUUUCCAGAGUAAGCAUCACCACUCACACAAGAAUGGAUCAUCAAGGUCAUGGCCAAAACCCAGCUAUGGGAGUUGUUGGUAGUGGACAAAUGCCCACAUAUGGUUCUAAUCCAUACCAGCCCAACCAUAUAACUGGGUCACCUGGGAUGGUUGUUCCCUCUGUUGGGAAUAUGCAGCCCGGUGUUCCACCCGACGGAACUCAGCUGGGACAACAUCAACUUGCUUAUCAGCAUAUUCAUCAGCAACAACAGCAGCAGCAGCAGCAACAACUCCAGAGCUUUUGGGGAACUCAAUAUCAAGAAAUCGAGAAGGUAACUGAUUUCAAAAACCACAGCCUUCCCUUGGCAAGGAUCAAGAAGAUUAUGAAGGCGGAUGAGGAUGUGAAGAUGAUAUCAGCUGAGGCGCCGGUUGUAUUUGCAAGGGCGUGCGAAAUGUUCAUAUUAGAGUUAACCUUGCGUUCUUGGACUCACACUGAAGAGAACAAAAGGCGAACACUUCAAAAAAAUGAUAUUGCAGCAGCCAUCACCGGAACUGAUAUCUUUGAUUUCUUGGUUGAUAUUGUGCCCCGGGAGGACUUGAAAGAUGAAGUGCUUGCAUCAAUACCAAGAGGGCCAAUGCCUGUUGGAGGGCCUGCUGAUGGAAUUCCUUAUGGCUAUAUGCCACCUCAUCACGCACAGCAAGCUGGAAAUCCCGGUCUCAUGAUGCAUAAUCCAAACAUGUAUGCUCCACAGUCUCAUCCGUACAUGGCACCUCAAAUGUGGCCUCAACCACCAGAGCAACCACCAUCACCCUCAGAUCAUUAGCUACGCAUUAUGGAAGUGUCAUGCUUCUUAAGGUGAACUUUGGUGCAAUAAAAUAGUUCUGUAAGGGUUGAAAGUUGAAGUUUUUUUUAGUACUGACCAUUUCAAUACAUCACAGUAAAAUUUAAUUCUGCAUCUUUAAAAUUUCAGUCAUUUUUCUUAAUGGAAUUGAAUGUUACUGUAUUGGAAAUAUACAGAUGAAUAACCAGUUAUGGUUAAUGAUUCAUCAGUUAUUAGCACAAAAUGUAUCUGAAUACAGGUGUCGGUCUUAUACUCUAUUUUGAUUUUGCAGUAGUGAUCUUGCAUUAUUGGAAGAUAUAUAAUAAUUUUGUAUGUUGUGUGGAA